AUCUGGAUACUAGGCUUUAGUGAUAACACGCAGUGUGAACCCAGCCUUAAGCACUGGAUACUUUUUAAAUUAAUGGUAUUUCUUGACACUGACAUGGUAUUUACUUUUGGGGUGGAUGGCGCGGUCACUCUGUAGGCAGCUGAUUGCCUAAGAAAUCUUCCCAACAUAAACAAGGAAUUUGAGUGAUCCACCUUAAAUCAAGAAUCAUGCUUAAACUGAGUCGUACCCUGCUGCGAUGGCGACACCGCCACCGGAGCCGCUUGGUCUCCACGUGGACGCCGCUGGCCACAGCCUUUAAUUCCCCUCCUGCCAGGCGGAUCAACUUCACCCGCGACGAAGUGGGACUCUUUCGCAUCCCGGAACUGCGAAGCUUCGAGGGCUUCUACUUGUUACGCGACAAUGCGGAAAGCCGGACGCAGGAGCUCAUCUCGGAGGCCAUCUCCGAGCAGCGGGAGCGGAAGAUGGUAGACAUUUUCGACGAGCUUUCCGACUCAUUGUGCAAGGUGGCGGACCUAGCAGAGUUCGUUCGGAUCGCACAUCCUCAGAGCAAGUACACCCAAGCGGCGGAGCAGGCCUGCAUCAGCAUUUGCGGUGUGGUGGAAAGCCUUAACACUCAUAAGCCCAUCUACCAGGCACUAAGCCAUGUGGUAGAGCAUGGGGACAAGCUGCCAACCAGUGAGGUGGAUAAACAUGUAGCCAAACUAUUUCUUUUCGACUUCGAACAGUGCGGCAUCCACUUGCCUGAGAAGGAGCGCCUGCGGGUCGUUCGUCUCAAUGACUACAUUCUUCAGCUGGGCCAGAAGUUCAUGAGUGGCGCCGUCCAGCCCAGUGUUCUCCCGCGCAGCCUCGUCCCGGAGGCUAUUCGUAACUACUUUCCGACAUCCGGCGACAAUGUUAUUAUUACAGGACUGUGCACAAACGCGGAGAACGUGCAGAUACGGGAGGCCGCCUACCGGCUCUACCUGCAACCUUCCGACAGCCAAGAGGAUCUGCUGCGGGACCUUCUGCUUUGCCGGCACGAGUUGGCCCGCAGCUGUGGCUUCAAGACGUAUGCCCAUCGAGCCCUCAAUGGUAGCACCAUGGAAAGACCCGAAGUGGUCCACGACUUCAUAGACGAGCUGUCGGAGAAAUUACGACCGCGCGCUGAAGCCGACUUUGCUAAGAUGACUCAGAUGAAACGCCGAGAGGGCGGUCAGGUGAGCGCCAUGGCCGAGGUUUGGGAUACGCCGUAUUUUACUACCCAGAUGAGAAGGCAAUCACUCGAGGAGCAGGCCAACGAAUUUCUUCCAUACUUUUCGCUUGGUGGCUGCAUGGAAGGACUGAAUAACCUGCUGCAGUCGCUCUAUGGGGUCCGUUUGGAGAACGCCGAGAUGGAGCCAGGCGAGUCCUGGUACAACGACAUCUACAAGCUGUCUGUAGUGCACGAGAGAGAAGGACUUCUGGGCUACAUCUACUGUGACUUCUUUGAACGCACAGGCAAGCCCAACCAAGACUGCCACUUCACCAUCAAGGGAGGCAAGCUUCUGCCGGACGGUUCCUACCAGCUGCCCGCUGUGGUGGUCAUGCUGAGUCUAGCGCAGCCGCGCUGGAGCGGGCCGACCCUGCUGUCUCCGGCACGAGUUGACAAUUUAUUCCACGAGAUGGGUCACGCCAUGCACUCGAUGCUAGCUCGUACCGAGCACCAACACGUGACGGGUACGCGCUGUUCCACGGACUUUGCCGAAGUCCCAAGCGUACUCAUGGAGUACUUCGCCGGUGAUCCGCGCGUGCUGCGAACCUUCGCCCGCCACUUUCAAACUCACGAACCCAUUUCGGAAGACAUGCUGAGGAGACUGUGUGCCUCUAAGCACCUGUUUGCUGCCAGCGAGACGCAGCUCCAGGUAUUCUACUCAGCCCUGGACCAGGAGUACCACGGAGCAGGGGCGCGGCAGGGUGGUAGCAGCACAGAAACUCUACGCUCCGUGCAGAACCGCUACUACGGCCUACCCUAUGUAGAGAACACGGCGUGGCAGCUGCGCUUCUCCCAUCUUGUGGGCUACGGAGCCAAAUACUACGCCUACCUUGUUUCGAAAACAAUCGCCUCCUGGAUCUGGCAGACGUACUUUGAAGCGAACCCCUUCAACAGACAGGCGGGCGAGAAGUACCGAGCCGAAAUCCUGGCCCACGGAGGAGCCGUCCCCAGCCGGAAGCUGGUAGCAAACUUCCUGCAGCGCGAAAUGACGCCAACCGUGCUGGCCGACAGCCUGAUCACUGAGAUUGACACCGACGAGUCAAAAAUCAAAGAGCUGAUGGUCAGCAGAUGUUAAUACUCUUCACACCCUUUCAAUUGUAUAUAUGUCUUCUCUUAUUAAUUAACUUUAAUUGCCUUUU